UACGCACCGCAGUGCCUACCGUAGCUUUGUGAACAGACCUUUACACAGUGGGUUGAUAAUGUAUGGAGAGAAAGAGAAAGAACCAACUUCUGUAAAACUAACUUGAUGUCCACUACUAGCACUGAGCAUAGCUGGUGUUUCGGAUUCCAUCAAGUACUACUGUAUUGCUAGCUGUUUUCACCAACUGACAACCUCCCACUGUCUCUACAUAUAGAUAUACAUCCUAUGUGCACACUUCUUUGUCUGCAGUGUUGGUUGGCCGAUCCCACCCCAGGUGGUUAGCUAGUGUGUGUCCCCAUUCCAUUCUGCAGGAGAGUCAAUUCCCAUUCGUCUGUUCCUGAGUGGGUACGACCUCACGCCCACCAUGCGGGACGUCAACAAGAAAUUCUCUGUUCGUUACUAUGUCAACCUGGUUCUGGUGGACGAGGAGGAGAGGAGGUAUUUCAAGCAACAGGAGAUAGUCCUGUGGAGAAAAGCUGACCCAAAAGCAGCCAGAAAGUCAGUCAAGAAAUAGUCUGUACAAAUGAACAAUAGGCACACUAUUUACACUUAUAUACACUACCUGCACUCUAUAGCAAUAGGUAUAUACUACUUUUUUUAGUUGGUCUUGCUGUGUGAAUGUGAUGUGUGUGUGUGUAAAUGUACUGUUUGUGAAUGAGUGAUUGGUUCAUGUAACAUUGACUGGUGU